AUGCAGUCGACACUUAAACGAAACAUUACACCGGCCGUCCCAUGGUUUUACCACCAGGUUCGUUUCAGCUCUAAUCGGAACAGGUAAGAUCAGCGAGCUGUUAAAUAAAAACCGAUGAUACGAGCAAAGGGAGAGGCGGCCCGGGGAGCCGAGCCAGCGUGAAAAACGCGGAUUUAUCGAGCUCCAUCGACUCGAGAAGCUCGCGAGUUAUGGGUCAGUGGCUCGAGUUCGAGUUCGAGUUUCGAAGCCCCCGGCAAGCUGCUCGGCUUCUAUUAUCCCCUCUCGCCAUUAUCCCGUUGGCCAGCGAUCGUUGCAUAAUCUCGUCGUUCUUCGUUCUUCCAGGCCGAAAGGAACACGAGACACGCCUCGCACGCUCGACAUUGACCUCUCGAACACACGCACGAAAUGCACUUGGCAAAAUGCGAGAAUCCAUCGAUUAUGGGCAGGAUUAGUUCGAUCGCAAUUCGUACAACAGCGAACAAUAGGGCUCGGAUCCGUGUCAACGCGUUUCAAGUUUAGUGUUAAGGCUUCGACCGAUCGUGAGUUUUAUUCCGUGGAGAGAUUUCUUUGACUUUAGAUAAGGAUUUGAGUUUCUCUUUUAAAGAAACUGAAUACGAAAAAAGUUUCAGUAUCACGCGAUCGACGCUGGAUGUCGAUUGGGAAUCUUGAACAGCAGAUGAUAGAGAGAUUAUCUCGAGUUGAUAUGGAAUUUUGAUCAGUUUGACUCGAAUGGCUGGGCAUGAUUAGCUUUUAAUUGAGAUUUAGAGAAUAUUUUGAAUUUCAAUUGCAUGAUAGAAAUUUCGUACUUUCUUCAAAAGUGAUUCAGUUUUGACAAUUGUUGGUAAAAGCAAGAUAUUACCAAGAUUAAAAUAUUACUGUCGCAGAGAAGAGUUUUAGAAUCAACGUCAUCGGUUGAGCUGCUAUUUUUAAAACUGGUAAACGUAACGUUGAAACCGGUUUCAUUGUGUAUAAUAACUUGUUCGUUCUGUUAUUAAAUAUCAUCAAAGCCAGGAAAUCACUAAAAAUUCACAUACUAAUUUAUAUCGUGUAGUAACGCUUUGAAAAUAGAACUUUAUAAAAUUCCCAAGGUGAACAGUGCAGAAAAUUAGUUAAACAAUACUUAAAUUAAUAUUAAAUAAUAAUAAUAAUAAUAAUAAUAACACAAAAAAAUUAUUACAGAUCAAAUUAAUUUUUAUAAAUUUAUUUUUAAAAAGUCAACUUAAAAUUGCUGUUCAUGCGAGAUUUAUUAAAUCGUAACUCGCUCGAUAAUAAUAUUGUCGAAUAUUUAUAAUUAAGGAUUAAUAUUCUAAGUGGCUUUAUUAAAAAAAAAAAAAGAAAGAAAAGAAAGUUUUAUUAAGAAUUCGAUCACGACUCGAUACCUCGAAUUGAAAUCUCCAAAUGUACAGCUAUACCACAAAUCUCGCCAAACUCGAAUAUAAGCGACAUACUCGAACGCGUGUGUGUAUGAUGAAUGAUUCAUACGUGUAUGUGUGUAUAGAUGUACGCGUCGCGCUGUCAGUCGCACAUGCGAAAGUGAAAGUACGAGGCUGAUGUACGAUAUAGAUUCCAUCGUUCCCAUAACGAUCGAGGCGAGCGUCGAACCAGCAGAUUUCCAGUGUGUUUUCUGUGCGGAUGUACCACCCGCUAUUAGAUAUCCGGCUAAUUGAUCGUCCUCGUGUACUCGGUUACGUUUAAUCGUUCGCCUGGCUGGGUUACGCGACACGCGUUGAUCGCAGUUUUUACGGGAAAAAUCGACCGAUCGGCCGGUAAUUCGAUUGAAAAUUAAUGGGCAAUGAUAAUUGAUUGGAUUGAUUUCAACUUUGGAGAAAACGAGCGAACGAUAUUUAUUGUAUCGCGCUGAUUUGCAGGUGUAUUAUUAUCCAUGGGUUUAUAAUGUUUGGUUAUUACAAUCAUAUAAUGUCGCAUGAACAUAAAAUUCUUCGAUUCAUGAUGGAAAGUUACAUUUGUAUCUGUCUAGUAAAAUAUUCUACCAAUUUUCUCCUUUGGUUGCUUUCUUAAGAAUUUCACUGCAACGAAUGAGUAGUAUACUGCAAAUAACACAGUGAUUUUUCCAAAAUUUGUACAGUACACUGCACAUGUGACGUUCGAAAUUCAAGUUCACUGUCCCUGUAAAUGGAAGAGUCAUUUUCAAAAGUUCAGAAACAAGCUGUUGAUGGAAAUCAUUCUUUUCUUGAAAAGAGAUAGGAUUAACAUGAUAUUGAGACAGAUGCGUUAAAAAAAGUUCCAAUUCGAUAAUUUUCAGCGUGCAGCAAUCGGUUCGCCAACAAGCUGUAUAAUUGCAAUUGCGGAUCUUAACCGUGGAGAGCUCAUUCAUUGAAAUCGAUAUAAGCAAAGAACGAUCUACAUAAAAGAGUAAUUUUUUAAUUUUUUUUAUCAAGUUAUCGAAGAGGAGGAGCGAAAGAUUGGAUUCUAGAAUUGGACUUGGCUGAAUUUCUUAUCAGGAUAUGUGAGACAGGAGAGCGUAUUUUACACGGUCGAACGAAGAAUAAGGCUUGGAACUUCUGGGAAAGUAGUGUGAUGGCUCUGUGCAAGGCUCUUACAAAAUUAUAUAAUUAUACGAAGCUUUAUUCGCAAGAAACUACUAGUAGUUAUAAUGAUUAUUUUCAAGCGGCUGAUGGAAUUAAAAUUAUCUUCUCUUUUUUCCCUGCGAAAAACAAAUCUACCGGCUUGAAAAUAAGUCCUGCGAAGGUAGAGCGAAAGGGUAGUUCUUUCAGCUGGAUGAGACAGAUAUGGCUCGAGCCGGGGAAAAAGCAGACUGGAAAGAAGUGUCGAAAAUGUAUCAGCAAAGGACGACCAAGGCGGACGACUAAUCGGAUUUCCGGCCAGCGAUUUCCGAAUUCGGUGGCGGAUGAAUUAGUAACGAACUUGUACGCGUGGAGUGGGGUAGCAAAGAGGCUUAACCCAGACAAAUUCAAGAAUGGAGCAACAGGUUACAGAGAGCGGUUUCUCCAGAGAGAAAUGCCCCGUCCUACACGUACUCCUAUUCCAUCGUCGUCGUGGUCGUUUUGGUCGUCGUCGUCGUCGUCGUCGUCGUCGUCGUCGUCGUUCCCCUUGUAUUUGUUUUGUAUACCCUGCCACGACUCGACCUUCGUUCCAACCUGGGCCGACAUAAUAGAAGUCAAAGAGAGAGAGAGAGAAAGGAUCGCGAAAUCGGCUGCUUUCUCAUUCAUGCACCCUGGAGGAUGUAUGAACGAUUCAGUGGCGGUGUUAUUCAGCCCUCCGUGUUACUUUGGCUUGUUGUUAUCGAGUGUCUAUCGAUUUGUGAAGAAUCAUGGCUGUGCAGGGUGGAAAGUUGGUUCCUUUCGAGAGGAAAAGAUUAUUCCGUUUCAAGAAGCUUGGUUCUCUUCUGGAAGAAUUCUUUUUUAUAUAUCUAGCGUGCAAGUG